AUGGCAGAGUUACAAGAACAUUUAAACGAAUUUAUUUCACAAAAUGCAAAAACUGAACGAACAAUUAGGUGUGAUCCGGAUGGUAUCAAUUUUGAGCGUUUUGCCGCCCUGUGUGAUCUUGCCGGGGCACCCGAAGAAAUCUAUAAAUCGUUGUCUACUGCACUGUCGUGCCUGCGAAGCGCUGCUUCGAAAGAGGAGGAAAAAUCCAGUGCAGCAUCCACCAUUGUAAAGGGUCUGAUUGAGAAAACGUCCAAAUUCGUCACCUUAGAGCAGUAUACAUGGUUAGCACGUACUACGAUCGCUGCCCAGUUACUAAACAAUUUGCCAGCGAAUGUAUCCAUCUUGAUCAGGAGACUAAGUUUUGCAUUGGAAAGCAUCGAUCUGGCAGCUUUCAAUCAUACCCCGCAUGUGAUCAACAACAUAGCAAAAUGUCUAAAGGAAGACAUUCCCCUGAAUGGAGUCGAUCUGUUGUAUAUAAUCAAGAAGCUUGCCAUAGCAAACUCUCCAGUGCUCUAUUACACUGCAGUGGCGCUUCUCUUUGCAGAGCUCCACACAGUCACACAACCAAGCACAAAAAUUGAACAGUAUCGCGUUCAAAGCGUGACUGAAUUUCUGAAUCACCUUGAGGUGCUGAACAUGCAGUAUCUGCAAAUGCAGCGGCAUAACUUGCGGGCCAUUUACCAUGUAUUGAAAUUAGUCAGCUUGUACCAGAACAUGGUUGUUAUGCGUCACGUUGGUACAUCGAAAGCGGAGCUGAUGAUCGAACAUAAAGGUUUGGCAGAAUGUUUUCACGCAAGUAUCGCUCAAACGGAAACAUUACGCCAGUGGUUGGAAAAUUCAAGCGGGGUCAUACAGGUAUUCGGCAACGAUCAGGAUGAAGAUUUUUUAAUCCUGGCUGAUUUACUGCAAGUGGACAUGAUUCCGCUGUUCGAUGAUUUGAAACAAUCAGAUGAGCUCGUGUGA